AUGCUACGUGGAAUAUUCGUGGCCAUCGCAGAUGGUAAUGAGUCGUGUUCUCCAUCUGCACGACGCCGCGCCGCCAUUUUCUCCUCCUCAGCAGAGGGCGCUAGCGUGGCAAAACGGGCUGGAGGGGAGCUGCCUACCCUGCGAAAGUCUCGCGAACUGCAUCGCCAAGGAUCGUCGAGAGCCCCGAGGCGUAGGCUUCCCUCUCGCCUGCCACGUCGCGCGGCUGGUCUAACCCGCAGGCGCUCUCUCGACGCCUCGCGAGUUGCCUACUACGGCUUCCCGCAGGCGCGCGCGCUCUCCACGGGCGCCGCCAGACCUUUCUUGCCGUCGGCAGCAGGGGCGGUGCUGCGUUUGGGGCGCCGGGCCUCCGCCUCCUUCAGCGCCCCUCCCUCCCCGCCACUACCACCUCCGCCUUUCUCGCCACCCCGCCUCCAGCGGCUCCUCACGCGUCAUUUCCACGCGCUGACGGCUAACGCGCUGACAGAUGCGGCCGCAUCGGCUAACCGUCAGCGGCAGGAGCGGCGCGAGCGGGGCCACUGGUUAGCCCAGGGGAGGAGGAACGGGGAAGUAGUUGGAGACGAAGGUGGCGGCGUCAAGCGGUGCCGGCAGCGAGAGGCCGUUACCCCGGAAUCGGAUCCAGAUUAG